CACCUGCUGUCCUUUCUGUGAAUCAGCUCCAUCAAUCACAGUUCUGCAUGCAGUUGUGCGUACACUGACACUCACACACUUCCACGCAGGAAAUAUGUUGAAUGCUUUUAUGAAAUGGAGAAGAAUGAGGCCAUGAGUCCUGCAGGAAGGCGGGGUGGCAGGAGGUAAAGGACUGCAGUGCCAUUGUAUAGACUCUGCCCAGGUGUAGGGGACAUUCAGUCUGACAGCAGCCAUAGGUGGAACUGACUGUCCUCUAUCCACAAAGGGGAGAAAAUAGAAAAAAGGUAAAAGAUAUUUUCCCUGCAGGGGGACAUGACCUUCAGCCAGCAUUAAAUCUUUCCCUCCCUCUCCCUCUCUCAAAAAAAAAAAAGCCCACUUCAAAAAUCUCUGCUUGCCGCUCCUACACUCAAUUAUGAUGCAGGUAAUCUGUGUGGUAUUGGAGAUUAAAGUUUAAUUAGGGCAAGCGGAGUAAUUCUGGCCUGGGUUUAAUCUAAUCAUGCCGCACUGGUUGCCUGUGAUGUGCCCUAAUGUCUGUCUGCGAUGGAGCGGGGAUCCAGUAUGGCUUUUCAUCAACAGAGAACAAAGGCUCCUGUCAUCCUCAUCUCCCUCUGCUGGCUUGGCUGUGCUCCACAAGCACAUUCACACUCGCCCAACCCUGUCCAGACGCUGUCCCCAGCCAGUCCACACAACAGACAGAAGGAGCACCCUAGCUAAAGCCAUGCAGUCCUUCAGAGAGAGGGGUGGUUUCCAGGGCAACCAGCGCUGCUACCAGCAGGAACCCCAUGAAUUAUCUCGCCUUGAGAAUUACAGACAUCACAGCCAGACUGGACAAGGCUAUGAGGUGCACUCUCUUUCUGCUGCAGGGAUGCCAACAGCAGGAACAAGCUCCAAGGACUGUUAUGGGCAGCAGCCCUACCCCAGCUAUGGCAGCAGUUCAGAUCAGAGCAAGAAACCAUACAGAGGAGGAAAAGCUACAAGCCAGCACCUGCAGGCUGGGUACAGUAGCCACGUGAAUUCUGGAUAUUCAUCCCAGUAUUUGAGUGAGGGACACUUACAGCAGAAGUGGGAUGAGUCUGGUCAGAUAUCUCAGUACGAACCUGACAUUGCGGGACAUCUUGAGCCUGGGCCCAGUGGCUCAUCACAGUAUCUUGAGCAGAACAUUUUAGCCAUUUCACAAAGCCAAUGCCACCUCCCCUCUCAACCCUCUGCCCCUGUAUAUACAAGCCCCCAUCAGCAAGGUCAUCCUUCCAAUCAUACUCAAUCUCCUUUAAUGUACCCACAGAGCCACAUUCAUUUCCCUCAACACUCCCAACCACCCUCCUCCACUUCAUCAUCAUCAUCAUCAUCAUCAUCAUCAUACAUGGAAAAAUGCAAUUCGAUUCCUCAUGGCUACAAAAGUGGGUAUGGAAUGCCACCUAAUGCCCAGUAUUCAAGACAACUGGGUAACCACAGUACACUGAAGCAGAAUAGCUAUAGGCCACAAAAUAAUUAUGGCUACCAACAGCCUCCUUCAAGGGCUGGAUUUGAACAACCGACUUCCUUGCAGGGAAUGUCAGGUACGUCAGAGAGUCUUCAAAAAUUCCCACAUUAUACACAGACCCAACAAAACUACUGUAUAACAGAUAUUUCUGUGAGGUCACCUGAACAGUAUUACCAGAACUGCAGUCCAAGCUCCAGCCACUCACCUGCAAGGUCUGUGGGCAGGUCACCUUCAUAUAGCUCCACACCUUCACCCUUAAUGCCCAAUCCUGACACAUUCCAGUAUGGCCAGCCAAUCAACCCUUCCUCCACUUCUGCAAAUCUGCAAGAUCCAAACAUGUUAAUGCCUCCCCACACCCACCCAUCUCCAAGUGUUAAUCACCAACCUCAGAGCUACUCCAGUUCUAUGAAGGACCGUUUUUCUGAGAAGCUUUUUUCUAACCCGAGCUUGUGGAGCCUUAAUGCUCUGACAUCUCAGGUAGAGAACAUUUCCAACAACGUCCAACAAUUAUUGCUCUCAGAAGCUCUUAUGGCCAACAAAAAAUGUAACAAGCGAACCAGCCAAAAAGGAGAGGAAUAUAGGGGCCACUUAAAGGGAAUGGAGGACUCGUGUCCUGAGAGCCAACAUGGCCCUCUUCCCAGUGACUCUUAUGGAACCCCAAGAUCUAUGCCUGCCGAUCUUCUAGAAGUAGGAUAUUCAAGCAGCACUGAAGAUCAGGUGGAACGUAACUACUACUUCUUUGGUCAGGGAAAAGGUCCAACACAUACGACACAUUCGACACAUUCUCAAUUGAGUCUGGACACCGUUUCUACCUGCUCCGUAAACUCAACAGAUGACAUGUCUGUUAGGUCUGGGGACUCAGAUCGGAGUAUACAGAGUGCAGCCUCUGAAGAUAAUCUAAGCUGUGACCCAAGGGUACAGAGAUUACCAUUUGGAGAGGAGCAGCAAGGUUCCCUCAGAAGCAUCAGAAACGAAAGAUCCCCUAUUAGUGUAACAGCCCCAAGCCCCAUGAAGCAGGAGAGUAAUUCUCCAAUAGGCAUAAAGCAGUCUGAGAGUACUCAGAAGGAGAAUUUUGAGGAAUCUGCCUGGACUGAGAGGAUAGCUGAUGAAAAAGAAAUUGGUAAAAUAAAGCUUCCCACAGAGCAAAAGUGCAAAGGAGAAGUUUUUGAGGCAAAUGAGAAACGACCAGAAUGGUUAGAGGAUGAGAAGUGCCCCUCAAUUUUUCAUAAAUUAAAUAAAGAAGUGUCAAAUGAAAGCUAUUCUUAUGAAACAGAAGGUACCAUAUAUCAGAAGCUGAAAAACAAAUAUGAGAUAGAGGAAGAAAAUUUUGCUGGGAAGUGUUGUAACACCAGCUGCAAAAAAAUUGAAGAUUCAGAAAUGAAAUCUGAAAUAUUCAAAUCAGAAUCACAAAAUAAUGGUGAGGACCCUAUAACGGAAUCACCAGCUAUUUCAAAAGAUGUGCCUGAGUCUAAUCUAUAUUUGCCUAGGAAAGAGGAAAGCUCUGAGACACCUUAUCUCACCUCUGAGUGUGAAUCUUUCGAGGAAAGGCUGUUAACCUCUGAGAGACGGAAUAAUGUUUUCAAGGAGCAACAGUCUGCCCCAUCCUAUUCAGUUCCUGCAGUAAGAGAAAAUGGAAGUUUGACAUCAAAUGAAGACGUGAUUAAUAACCAAGCAAAACUAGAAGAGUCUUCUACAGAAGCCUAUAUUAAUCAAGAUGAAACAGAAAGUGAACCAGUGUGUGUGGUCACCAAUGAAACAGCGGAGACCCUUGCCCAAGACGUAGCUCACAGAAGCAGUGAAAGGACAUCAGUCACAUGUGACAAUGCACCUCAGUCUCACCUUGUCAGAAGUGGCUUCUCGGCUCUCAAUGAGAAAACAACACCUCAGAAUCAGGCGAGGGACCACAUUGAUCACAGUGAUGCAAAGGUGCUGGAGCCUGACUCUCCUCAGUUGCCAGGCAAGUCAAUAAUAUCCUCUGCACCAUCUUGGGCUGAUACUCCACCCUCUCCACAGAAAGGUGAUGAAGAUGUGGAACCAGGUAUAAGCUGUCCUAGUGCAACUAAACCAGAGCCCAUGGCCCUAGUUGCACAUCCAAGACUAUUAGGCAGAAAGCAUGCACGGGGUAGGAGAAGAUUAAUUCAUUCAAAUGCAGGGAUUAGGAGUGUGGAGAGUAAUGGGGUGCCGCCAUCUCCUCAAAAGCCCAGUAUGCUCUCAAGUAACAGUGCCAACUUUUCUGAUCAGAUGGAGGCUGUUCAGCUGGAUAUUAGCAGUCACACACCAAAACUCCUCACAGAAGGUUUACCAUCCCGUAUGUGUACUCGCUCUUUAGGGUCACAAAGUACCCCAAAGGUUUUUUCUCAAGAUAGAAGGAAAACAGGUCCAAAGCCCGUUUCAAAACCUGGUCCAAAACCUGGCACAAAGCCUAGUUCUAAGCCUGUUUUAAAACCAAGUCCAAAACAAGGACUAAAACCUGGACAAAAACCAGGCCCAAAGCCAAGUACCAAACCUGGUGCAAAGCCUUCUUUAAAGUCUGGUCCAAAGCAAAAUUUAAAACCUGGGCCAAAACCUGGGGCUGUGCCAAGUGUUAAACCUAGUUCAAAGCCUGGAGCAAAGCCUGCUGCUAUACCCGCUUUAAAGCAGAGUCCAAAACCUGGUUUAAAGCCUACAGAAGGAGUGAUUCCUAAGGGCCCCGGUCGGCCAAAAGGCCUCAACUCCAGAAUCAAAUCAGUGAAAUAUGAAAAUAAUAUGGAUGCCAUCACAGAGCAUAUUGAAGACACAAGCUGCAUAAAUGAAACCCCUGAACAACAGGAAAAUACUGCAGUCAGUCUGAAAACUGUUGUUGAUAAUACUUUGCACACUUCAAUAGACAGCACAAUAGGUUCCUCUUUGGACACUGCUUUGGAUACUUCCUUUGUAAAUUCUGUAGCAAAAGAUCAAAAAUCCAUGGUAUUAAGAUCUCGGAAGCAAAAACGGGAAAAGAUAACAGAAGACAAGGAGAAAGAGAGAGAUACAUCAACUGAGGCAUCAGCAAUAAAAACCACUGAGUCACAUACACAGAAAGUAGCUGCUGUUCAGCCUUGUGAGAACCAAACAUCAAGCUUAAAAUCAUCCAACCAUGAGGAUAUCAGUACAGAUUCACUUAACGAACAGAUUGUGUCAGUAUCAAUCAAGAGAAAAUCUAGUUUACAAGCCCCAGACCCAGUCAAAAAAAAGAAAAGUUUGAAAGUUAGUCAAACAAAAAUACAAGAACCUCAGCCACAAGAGUUAAUAGCAGAAGCCCAAGGUUCUAAGGGAAGGAGAAAGCGAGGCUAUAAAUUAGAACCAUCUGCUUGCAGCACUCUGACCAAAGAUAACAUUCCCUUGGAAGAAAUCAGUGACACACCUUGUGUGCCUCCUCACUGUCCUACAAAAACUAAAUAUCUGCCUCCUAGGAAAGGCAGAGGACUAAAAUAUGAAGCAAUGGUUCAGAAAAUCACUUCCCCAGCAUCCAAAAAACAGCUUUUAAAUAUCCAACCAGAUGUUGUGCUAGAGGAAUUAGCAUCCAAGCAAUCACCCGAACUACAGUUAACAGAAAAAAGAAAGACUGUAAACACUGCAACGGCAACACAAGAGGAGGGUGAGAGUACAGUAAGCAUUGAGGAGACUCCAGAAGCAGCAUGUAUACAAACUCAUCGAAAGAAGCACAGAAAGUGGGCCACAGUGGAGAGCAGUGACACACCAGAUGUAGCAGUAGGGACUGGUAGCCUCAUUAUCAACACACCAAGGUUAGCCAAACAGAGAGCCAUUAAAAAUAACCAUGAGAUGCAUCUGAAGCAACGGAAGAAAAGAAGAAAAGGCGCCGAGCUUGCAAAGAGUGUGCCAACUGUGGAAACACAUGAGCAUACUGAUGCAUUCAGCUCUCCUCCAGCACCUCCACUGUCACCACCAACAACUUUCUCUCUCUUUCCAAACGCAGAAGAAAAGACUCAGGGUGAACAGCUUUCAAUAGAGAUAAGCUCAACAGCAAAUAAACCGAAAAGAGGCAGGCGGCCAUCACUUAAAAAGAAACAGGAAGACUUCGGUCAGCAACUAGGAAAUGAAGAAGGUCAAAAGAUCAAGAAAAAGCCUGGUCCUAAAAAAAAGAUCCAACAGAAUAACAACAGUACCAUUAAGGUCACUGUGAAAAGACUUAAGCCCAAAAUAAAAUGCAAAAAGAAACAUGUUCCUACUGUAAAAGGGAUAUUGACAGACUUUUUAAAAACACAGGAAAGUGAAGGCAAGCAUUCUUUUAAACCAUAUGUGCACAUUGACAGCUUCAAAAAGCGUGCUUCCCUUUGUACAAUCGUAAACAAACCUGAGGAAAAGCAUCUGCUCGUCCAGACAAAAAAAAAGAAUUUGGGAAAAAACAAAACAAUAUCAAACUCCUCAAUAAUGCUCCAGGGCCCCUUAGUUAACAGAAGCCUAACUGACAGGUGUCUCAUAUGCUGCCUGUGUGGAAAACCAGCUAAUUACAGAGAGCUUGGGGAUUUGUGUGGCCCAUACUACCCUGAAAACACCAUACCACGGAAAACACUGUCUUUAACAUACCAUGAAGACUUCAGGCAAAACAGAGACAUGGACCAAGCCAAGGUAGAAAUGUGCAGUACUGAGCAAAUCAAAGAUAUGAAGAGAGAGGGAGUAGAAGGAUCAUUUCAGGAGGGGACAAGUGAAGGAGAUUGCAGGCAGGUGAUGAGAGAAAGAAGGGCACAACUUAGAAGUCAUCUUGGCUUACGGACGAGGUUCAAAAGACUGCAGCUGUUGCAAGGCAGAGCUGGUGGAGGAGUUCCCCCUGCUGGUGAGGAGGGCUUUUACUCUGUUCUACAAAGGUUACAGCUGGAGGCUGAGGUUAAUGAGCACUGGGCACAUGAGUCCUGCACCGUCUGGACCAGUGGCGUGAUCCUAAUCGCAGACAAACUUUAUGGACUGAAGGAAGCUGCACAGGAAUCUACACUCACAAAAUGCUCAAAGUGCCAGAGUGAAGGAGCCUCCAUCGGCUGCAGCUGGAAGAACUGCAUUCAUAAAUACCACUAUGUCUGCGCCAAAGAGACAGGCUGCAUAUUCGAUGAAGACACUUUCUUGAUAAAAUGUCCAAAACACCAGGCAAUGUAAUAUAGGAGUUCGAAGACUUUCAGCCAGCAUGGACAUAACAUCUUCCUGUGCAACUGAACUCAAAACGGCUUCGGCUGAAGCACAAAGGUACUGUAGCAAUACUGACCUGAGACCAGAUCAUCUCUGCAUCCAAACUACAAAGCCCUGAGGCAUCCCGUUACAAUCUGCUCCCCACCCUCAUCCACCCUUGCAGCAUCCACCGCCUGUCUGGGCAGCUUCUCUCUAUUUAAAAAAAAAAAAAAAGAAAAAAAAGAGCUGUUGGUCAAAAAAAAAAAAAAAACCUGAUUGUGCCACUCAUCCAUUUGAUUCCUUUUUUUCCUCCCCAAUCUUUCUUUUCUGGAAGGGAUGCUAUCAGUCGGAGACACCUGGAGGCAGAUUUGGCUGGCAGCCCUCUCUAGCGGCCCAAGCCCUGCCACCGUUUGGCACAGAGGCAUGCCUGGUGAUUUUGAAAGGCAUUCAGAUUUGAAGAUGUCAUGCAUCAAGCACCCACUGGAUGUAAUUCAAUAUCUGCUUAAGUGUUAUUUUAAAAAAAAUGUACAUGGUGUGCUAUACAGGUCUAAAUAUUCUGAAAAAGACAAAAUAUUAUUUUAAUAUGACGCUCUUCCAACAUGUAAUUUGAUGUGCAUUUGCAAACAUGGCACCACUUAGACGGCACUAGUAUCUGUCCAAAUAUGUGUUCUCAAUGCAGCAGUAUGUACAGGUCUGCACCUUAAACAAUGUAAGGGCCUUUUCUUUACUGAAGACUGUUUCGUUUCUAACGCUGAAGUGAAAAACAUGAAAAUUGAACCGGAAGAGAACAUUAACCGAUGCGCUUUACCAUUCACCACUAUGCUGUACGCGACGAACACAAUAUUGUAGGCUGUUUACGUUACUCCACAUUCAGCCCAUCACAGUAUUAAACACAUAAAUGAUUAAGUUAUUCUUAUGAUGAUUCAUUUGAAGUAAUUGUAUAUAUAAGUAUUUGCUGCUGUUUAAAUGUAAGAUGUGAUGUACUAUUCUAAUGGUGUAUAGUAUUUCUUAGAGAUGUUUAUUUUCUAUAAAACAAAUAUGUUAUUGCCUUUAAAACGUUAUUAAAAACAAUGAAUUCAAAUGCUUUUUCAGAAUUGUAUUUGUCCACAUUACCCAUAGGAUUUAUUGCAAUGUUUUGAUGUUUUAACGAGAUGUUUGGAAUGUUAUUUGUAUUGCUGCCAUCAAAUACACUGGAUUUGUGAACAUC